AAUGGAAGAAGUUUAAACACGUCUUUAGAAGAUUGGACUUGAUGAAACAACUAUCAAGAACACCCUUAAAGGAAAAAAUGCAUUGAAAUCAAUACUUUAGACUCUUGAUUUGGUUGGGGUUAAGGAAUGUGAUAAGAAAGUAUUUAUAAUUCUUUUAUAUAGAUUGGUAAUUUGUUAUAUGAGAUGUCCUAAAAUCUAACAGAGGCCCUUGACAAUAGAAGAGCUCUUUUGGCUUAAUAUAUUGUUGAAGGAAAGAUUUCCAACAAAUUGCAGUUGGAAGGUGGUCUAGAAUACUUAAAAACACACACUCAUUUGGAAUAAAUACCUGUAUAAGAUUUUGAGAAAGCUGCAGGUGUAGGAAUAGUAGUGACACCAGAAUAAAUCAAAGACACAGUGGCUCAAUUCCUUAAAAGUAAAGAAGAUUUGAAGACUAUCCGAUAUACUUAUAAUUUCUCUGAAUACACAAAAUAAGUAAGAACACUCCUACCAUUUGCUGAAGGAAAGUUAUUAACUUAAGAACUCAAUUAAUAAAUUGAAGCUAUACUUGGACCAAAGACUGAGGAAGAUUUAAAGGCAGCCAAAACAUAAACAAAAAAACCAUAAUAAUAAUAAUAAUAAUAAUAAUAACAAUAAUAAGUUGAAGAAGAUGAUGAUGAAUGCAAAUUUGAUAUCUCCAAAUUAGUUGCCAGAGACCUUGCCACCACAGUUAAUAGUGAAUAGUUACUUAAUUGGAGAAAGGAGAAUUUCCCCUAUGAAAUAUUAACACGUUUCCCACCUGAACCAAAUGGUUACUUACAUAUAGGUCAUGCAAAAUCAAUCAAUUUCAAUUUUAGAUUAGCAUAACACUAUAAAGGAGUCACUUAUCUAAGAUUUGAUGAUACUAAUCCAGAAAAGGAAUGCUAAGAAUUCAUUGAUAACAUCAAAGAAAAUUUAAGAUUCCUUGGAUACACUCCAUUUAAAACUACUCAUGCAUCAGACAACUUUGGAAAACUUUAUGAGUAUGCUGUUUAAUUGAUCUAAAAAGGAAAAGCUUAUUGUUGUUUCUUAAGCAAGGAAGAAGUAUUAUUAACAUUCUAUAACUUUUUUAGUCUUCUAAAUUAAGAAAUGAUCUUAAACCUUCACCAUACAGAGACACUAAUCCAGAUGAAAAUCUUGUAAUCUUCAGAAAAAUGAAAAUGGGUUACUAUAAAGAGAAUGAAGUUUGUUUGAGAGCCAAGAUUGAUCCAACACAUCCUAAUCCAACUCUCAGAGAUCCAGCCAUUUUUAGAAUUAGAUUCACUCCUCAUCCUCAUUAAGGAGAUAAAUGGUGCAUCUAUCCUCUCUAUGAUUUUACUCAUUGCAUCUGCGAUUCUAUUGAAGGUAUCACCCAUUCAUGUUGUACACUUGAAUUUGAAGUCAGAAGAGACCUCUAUUAUUGGUUCUUAAAAGAAUUAGAUCUUUACAGACCUUUCGUUUGGGAAUUCUCCAGAUUGAAUGUCUCUAAUACAGUAUUAAGUAAGAGAAAACUUCAUCAUUUGGUCUUUAACAAUAUUGUGGAUGGUUGGGAUGAUCCUAGAAUCUUGACUCUCAACGGUCUCAGAAGAAGAGGAUACACAGCUGAUUCCAUUAAUAAAUUCUGUGAUUUAAUUAGUGUUACCAGAAAAGGUAAUGAAAAUUUCAUUGGCAUGCAUGUUCUUGAAAGUUGCAUUAGAAAAGACUUAGAUGUCAAAGCUCCUAGAACUAUGGCUAUCUUAGAACCAAUCGUAGCCAUUAUUGAUAAUGUUGCUGAUGAUUUUUCUGAAGAAUUAGAAGUUCCUAUCAUUCCAAGAAAUCCAUAAAAGGGUAAUAGAAAGAUCCUUUUGACUAAAUCAAUAUAUUUGGAUAAAAAUGAUGUCAGGUAUAUAUAUUUAAAAUAACUAUUUUAAAGGACUGAAGAUCAUGCUGAUUUCUGGGGUGUUGCUCCUGGUAAAAUUAUUGGACUUAAGUAAUGUGGACCUUUCAAAGUUAUCAGUGUUACUGCCAAUGAAGUUCACCUAGAACGACUAGGAAAGGACAUCAAACCUAAAGGAUUUUUACAUUGGUUAUCUGUUAAAGAGGCCACUCCUUGUGUUGUCAGAUUAUAUGACUAUUUAUUCGAAGCCUAUGAUCCUAAUGAAUUAGAUGAUUACAUAAAAGGAAUUAAUCCAAACUCAAAGAUAGUAUGUCCUAAUGCUUUAAUGCACAAGUAUAUUAAUUUUUUUAUUGUUUUUAGGGAUCUCUUGAAUUCUAAACCAGAAGAUAAACUUUAAUUUGAAAGAUUGGGAUAUUUCAAUUUAGAUUUCGAUUCAAAAGAUGGAAAAUUCAUUUGGAAUAGAACAGUAACACUUUAAGAGAAAGAUAAGAUUAAGGCAAUUGCUUAAGUAGAAGGCAAAUAAGUUUAAAAAAAGGAUGUUCCUUAAUAAAAAAAGGAUGCCACCAAAAAGGAAGGCAAGAAAGAAUGAU